AUGCUUUGCUUGAGUAGCCUUGCAAAGAAUCCCAAAUACCAAAAAACCAGUCUUCAUGCUGUUGACUUGCUCAGAAAAUCUAUCAAGAGAAUAGCCCCAUUGAAAAAGGAAAAGGAUGCAGGAAUUAAAGACGAAUAUACAGAGUUAUGGUUCCCUAUUCUCUUCUCAUUGCAUGACAUCAUUAUGAACGGUGAGGAUCUAGAGGUUAGAUCAAGAGCACUAAACUACAUGUUUGAUAUUUUAGUUGAAUAUGGUGGACAGUUCGAACCUAGUUUCUGGGACUCGAUUUGCCGAAAGCUUCUGUUCCCGAUAUUUGUUGUUCUCAAAUCCAGAUCGUCCAAGACGCAAGACGAACUGUCUGUGUGGUUGUCAACAACAAUGAUUCAAGCUCUACGGAACAUGAUUGCAUUGUUGACGCAUUAUUUUGAGACGCUGGAAAGAAUGCUAGACGGUUUCUUGGAACUCCUCGUGACAUGUAUUGACCAAGAAAAUGAUACUGUUUCGAGAAUUGGUAGCUCAUGUGUAUUGCAACUGGUCAUCCAGAAUGUCGAAAAACUAUCUCCUCAAAACUGGUCCUUGAUUGUGGACAAGCUGGAAUAUCUGUUCAAAACGACCACUGCACAUGAACUCAUCGACAACAGUCUGCUAAGGGAAUCAGAAGUGGUUUUACCCAGUACUCCGCCGACUAGUAGUUCUGAAAACGGUGCUGCCAAUGGAGGACAUAGUCGCAAUGGCAGUAAAGAUGAACACGCGAAUCACGGUGAAGUUGAAGGAACAAGCCCGACCCUGUCACCCACGAAACACAAAUCCAAGAAUGGCAAGAAACCAUCAAGGUUCAGAGCGACCAUUGUUCGCAGUAUCCUGCAAUUGUUAAUGAUCGAUACUGUUGAAGAGUUACUGAACAACCCCGAAGUGUUCAAGAAGAUGCCAACCGACGACAUUCUGCGAUUGAGCGGUCACUUGAAAGCAAGCUACCUGUUUGCUAGGAAAUUUAACGACAACCGAGAGCUUCGACUGGAGUUGUGGAGACAGGGAUUCAUGAAACAACUGCCCAACCUUCUGAAACAAGAGUCCACAUCUGCUCUGACAUAUGUUGGUUUGAUGAUGAGGUUGUACAAAGACGACAGUAAACUCGAAAACGGCAACCGUCGCGACGAGGUCGAGAUCGAGCUGAUUCCACUCUGUGUCGAGAUCAUUAAAGGAUACAACCACCUCGUUGCGACUGACGAGCGAUAUGUGAACACCCUCUCGCCUGUGGUAGUGCAAAUCCUAGACGAGUACAGCGGGUUCAAGGACAACGAAUUCGAGAAGAAUAUCCACGACUUCUAUCCCGAGGUGGUCAAGAUCCUCGGCAAAGACCUGUCACCAGAGCUCCGUGCCGCUGUGCAAAAGGUCCUCACCCGUCUGGGAGAACUCAAGUUCACCUAG